UCUGUCCGGGCGGGCCAUGGCGGGAGCUGGGGCUAGAGACGCCGCCGCCACCGCCGCCGCCCCGUCGGAGCCCUCGCCGUGGGACGCGGUGCCGCUGGAAGCCCUGAAUUACGCGCUGCGGCGGCGGCUGGGGCUGUUCCUGAACCCGCGCGCCCCGGUGGCCGCCGACUGGACGACGCUGGCCGAGGAGCUGGGCUACGACUACCUGGAGAUCAAGAACUUCGAGCGGGACCCCCACCCCACCGAGCGCGUCCUGCACGACUGGCCCAUGCGGUGCCCCGGCGGGGCCACGGUGGGCCGCCUCCUGGAGGUGCUGCGCCGCCUCGAGCGCCAAGACAUCCUGGUGGACCUCGGGCCCAGCUUCGAAGAGAACUGUAAGAAUUACCUGCAGAAGAAACAAGAAGAGGCUUUGAAGCCUGUCCAAGACCCGGUGGUGGACAGCAGCAUCCCAAGGGCAUCCGAAAUGCACGGCAUCACCACGAGGGACGAUCCAUCUGGGCAAACACCGGAGAUGUUUGACGCCUUCAUCUGUUACUGCAACAGCGACAUUGAGUUUGUGGAGAAGAUGAUCCAAGAGUUGGAGCAAACAGAAUACAAACUGAAACUCUGCGUGUUUGACCGGGAUGUCCUGCCAGGAACAUCCGUAUGUACCAUCACUAGCGAACUUAUAGAAUGGCGGUGCCGAAAAGUGGUGGCUGUUAUCUCGGAUGACUAUUUAGAUAGCGAAGCCUGUGAUUUCCAGACCAAGUUUGCCCUUGCCCUCUCUCCAGGAGCUCGUCUCAAGCGCCUCAUUCCGGUUAAGUGCAGAAGCAUGAAGAAAGAGUUUCCAAGCAUUCUGAGGUUUAUUACGCUUUGCGACUACACCAACCAGUGCACCAAGAAAUGGUUCUGGGAGCGAUUGGCAAAAGCGCUCUUGACACCGUGACGCACAGCCAGAAGGCCUGGGCCCCUUGUGGCUGGCCUUGCCUUGACCGUGUUUCCAGGGAGGCGUAAGCCUUUCCCCGCCUUCGCCAUGAAAGCAAACCGCUCACGUCACGUUCAUUCUUGCCUCCAGACCUCCUGCCUCCAAAAACCUGGUGAGAUUUAAAAAGGGAGGGCUGAAAAGUAGUAGCAGCUACAGAAGCUCCUGGGAUAUCUCUCAGGUUCCUGUUCCUCUAUUUUCAGUGCUUCCUUCUCACGGAAAAAGGGAAACCAGGAAAAACUUGAUUUAGCAGGAGAAUGCUUUUUUUUCUGCAGCAGUAGCACGUGAGAUUCUGGCUACCUUCUGUUUCUUAAGACUCGGGACCACAAGAGUACUCUCUUUUUACUGGCACCAACGAACAGUUAGACUACUCCCAGUAACCUGUUUCUGACCAGGAUGAAUUCCAAAUGCCUUAAAGUGAAAAUAGGUCAUUUGUCGACCUGGGUAUUUGUUUUAUGGAUUGCUGACAUGUAGUUGCAAAGUGAAGGAGGUACCCCCUGAACACACACACACACACACACACACACACACUUAUGUAUGGAAUCUAAAUUGGGCCACUUGUUUACUCUCUCAAUCGACGCAAUCCUGGAGUCUGUGAGUCCCUCUUCUUAAGGGCCAUAUUGGCCGGCAGGGGCAUUGCUAAGCCUGGGUGCAUGGACCGUGGGCCCCAAAUUUUAUUUCCCAGGUCCCCAGACCUAUGCUAUAGAGGCCUAGAAGUCUCACGGUACCCACAGAAAUGUCUUUUCUCGGCUUAAUUGCCAGUUAUUGUUUAUUCGUUCAGUCGCUUCCGACUCUUCGUGACUUCAUGGACCACCCCACGC